AUGGCCGCAGGACCAGCUUUGCCAGGACUCUUCUGUUGCUUUGCCGCUAUGGUGCUCCUGAUCUUUGUCUCCGUAUCAGUACCGACAUGGGACAAGAUCUCCUUCCUGAACGUACCCACAUCCAACGGAGAGACGCGAUUUGGUGUCUUCGGGUACACAGGGAGCAAGACGCACAUCGGUUAUGAUUUCAACCCUGCGAUCGACAACUUUGACGCUGGCAAAGUCAACACGAACAUCAUCCACAACCUGACCUACGUACUGAUCCUCUACCCGAUCGCUGCCGGCAUAUCUGGCCUUGCCUUCCUCUUCGGCCUGUGCGGCGCGGGCUACCACCGCGUGGGGACCAUCUUCAUGUCCCUGCUUUCCGGCCUUGCCCUCCUCGUCACCCUCGUCGCAUGGGUCAUUGACAUGGUGCUCUUCGGCAUCGUCAAGUCGCGCCUACACGACCAGAACAUCGACGCCAAGUGGGGCAAUGCCAACUGGAUCGGCCUCGGUGCAUUCGGCGCCCUCCUCAUCGGGUUCUGCGCCUCGUCCUGCGGCAUCUUCGGCAGCUACCGCCGCCGCCGUGAGGCCUCCGGCACGUACUAA